AUGGAGAUUUUCACCUUGAGGAAACUGUCUGCGUCUUGUGUUUUACUAACUCUUUGUAUUGUUCUGAGAGUUUUUUAUAACAUCUGGUGGAGACCCAAAAGCCUCGAAAAGCUUUUAAAGAAGCAAGGAAUCAGGGGCACUUCUUACAAGCUCUUUAAUGGCGGCAUGAGAGAGAGUCAGAGGUUGAUCAAAGAAGCAUGGUCCAAGCCCAUGAGUUUAAACCACCAGAUUGCACCUCGUGUCAACCCCUUCUUUCAUCAAAUGGUGCAGAAAUAUGGAAAAAUUAGUAUGAGUUGGAUUGAAACGCGACCCCGGCUGAUAAUCGCGGACCCAGAGCUGAUGGCACAGAUAUUAAAUGACAAGAAUGGUCAGUUCCAAAAGCCACCAUUGAACCCUCUUGUUGAUCUUCUAACGCUUGGAAUCAACACCUUGGAAGGAGAUAAAUGGGCCAAACGCAGAAGAUUGAUUGCUCCUGCAUUUUACCAUGAUAAAUUACAGGUUAAUCUUAUCAAAUCCAAUCAGUAUAUAUGUAUACUUGUUAAAAUGUAG